AUGGUCGCUAUUAGAGUGAAGGCCAAAGUCCCGGGAAGUAUAUAUUCAGACCUCAGGAGAGAGAAUGUGUUAAAAGAGGAUUUAUUGUACGAGAAAAAUGAUGUCAACUAUAGAUGGGUUUCAUAUGACAACUGGACUUAUGAGCGAACAUUCAAUGUUGAGUCAAACAUCUUAAACAAGAAAAAUGUGAAUUUGUUGGCCAAUGGCAUCGACACUGUUAGCAGUGUAUACAUCAAUGACCAAUUGAUCGGAAAAACCUACAAUCAAUACAUAAGAUAUGUGUUUGACGUGAAAAAUGUGUUAAAAUCGGGACAAAACACUAUACGACUGGCCUUUCAAUCGGCACCUAUUUAUGCCAAACAACAGUCAGAGAUAUACAAUGAGACCUAUCAUUAUAAAGUGAUACCUGAUUGUCCGGGAGAGGAAUCCCACGGGGAAUGUCACUCUAAUUUCAUCCGCAAAAUGCCCGCAUCUUUCAGUUGGGAUUGGGGCCCAUCAUUUCCAACGCAAGGCAUUUGGAAACCCAUUGGAAUCGAAGCCUUCGAUAAACUCGUGAUUAGAGACAUAACUGUCGAGACAACUCUUAGCCCAGAAAACCCCUCCCAAUGGCAGCUAAACGUCAACGGCUUCUUAGAGUCGGCUCCCAAUCAAGAGAUUGUGGGGAUAUUUGAAAUAAAAUUAGAUAAUAUUAGUCAGAGUACAAACACGAUUAAAUUUAAAACCGAUAAACAAGGACAGACAAUGUUUGGAUCUUAUUCACUCGUUAAAGACAUUGAUAUCACACCCUGGUAUCCUAAUGGUGUAGCAGAUAAUACACAGAAGUUGUAUGACUUGAAUGUCGAGCUAUCGUUUGCCGACAGUAAGGAGGUUUCGACUCAAACCAAGAAAAUUGGUUUCCGAACCAUAAAACUGAUCCAAAAUCCAGUCAAACCGGAAGGCCUUACCUUUUACUUUGAGGUGAACUCGAAGCCCUUCUUCGCGAAGGGAUCGAAUUGGAUUCCAACCAAUGUUUUGAUGGAAGACAUCACUCCCGAGUACUUAAGACAUCUGCUNUUCCAACCAAUGUUUUGA